AUGCCGGCGUUAGACGACUUGCCUAAUGUAACAAGCUUUUUUGGAGUUGAUUUGAAAACUGGAUCAAUGAUUGUGGCGGCUUUGGGAAUUGUACAUCCAAUGGCGUAUGGCUGUUCGUUUUUCAUACCACUCAGUUACCUUCUAGUCACAGUUUGGAUAUUAGUAGCUCUAUAUUUUGCUGCAAGCGUUGUGCUGUUUUGGGGUUUAGCUAAGGAUGACGCUUACCUUUGUUCGGUAUGGAUAUGGUACGCGUUGAUAUUCGUGGUGAUAAUGCUGAUGAUGAUGAUGCUCUUAGCCCUGGUCUUCACCUCCAGGAAUCAGAGGAACCGGGUAGUAAUCGUUAUACUCGGUAUGCUUUGGUAUAUAUUGACUAUUUACUUUAUUAUCGUCGUGAACAGCUAUCGGAAACAGCUGCUAGGCAUGAACACAUUGGCUGAACCCAUUCUAGACAAGGAUACGUGA